CCUCACAAGCAAGCCAAGCACAUUGAGCAGUAUAGAGGAUUAACAUUGCACAUUGAGCUGUGUUUACUGUCCAUGUUCUCUCCUGGCUGUCUAACAGUUUAUUUAGCUGCUUUAUGUUCGAUACCCGCCCUGGAGGGAAAAAGCAGGAGUAACGAGUAAUACGUUGGAUUUACGGACUGUUCGCUCCUGUGACGUGACUGAAACUGUUCAGACAUGGGAGCUGUUCUGGGAGCCCUUUCCUUUGCAAGCUGGGUGCCGUGCCUGUGCAGCAGUGCAACCUGUCUGAUGUGCAGCUGCUGUCCGAGCACCAGGAACUCCACGGUGACCAGGAUCAUCUACGCCUUCAUUUUGCUGCUGGGGACCAUCGUCGCCUGCAUCAUGCUGUCGCCAGGUGUGGAUCAGCAGCUUAAAAGGAUCCCAGGUUUCUGUGAAGAUGGGGCUGGCUCUUCUAUCCCCGGCCUGCAGGCUGAUGUCAACUGUGAAAUGUUUGUUGGCUACAAGGCAGUGUACCGCAUCUGCUUUGGCAUGAGCAUGUGGUUCCUGGGGUUUUCUAUUCUUAUGAUUAACAUCAAGAACAGCAGAGACCCCCGUGCUGCCAUCCACAACGGAUUUUGGUUCUUUAAGUUUGCUGCCCUGGUGGCAGUUACAGUCAGUGGUUUUUACAUUCCAGAUGGGCCUUUUACAUACACGUGGUUUGUCGUGGGCUCUGGUGGAGCUUUCUUUUUCAUUCUGAUCCAGCUGGUGCUGUUGGUAGACUUUGCCCACUCCUGGAAUGAGUCCUGGGUGGACAAGAUGGAGGCUGGCAGCUCCAGUUGCUGGUAUGCAGCUUUGCUGGUGGUCACGAUCAUCAACUACAUCCUGUCAUUUACUGCUGUUGUGCUGUUCUUCCUCUUCUACACCAAGCCUGAUGGAUGCUUCAUCAACAAGUUCUUCAUCAGCUUCAACAUGUUGUUCUGCAUCGUGGCCUCUGUUGUCUCUGUGCUGCAUAAAGUACAGGAGUCUCAGACACGUUCAGGUCUUCUGCAGUCCUCCAUCAUCACCCUGUACACCAUGUUUCUGACCUGGUCUGCCAUGACCAAUGAGCCUGACCGAGCAUGUAACCCCAGCCUACUGAGUAUCUUCCAGCAGAUCGCAGUCCCCACACUGGCCCCUCUGGAGAUGGUGAACCAAACAGCUGUGGUGAUCAUCGGCCCAGAGGAACCUGUCCUCACAUCCCCGUACCUGCAGUGGUGGGACGCCCAGAGCAUCGUGGGGCUCACUAUUUUUGUCCUGUGUAUCCUUUACUCAAGCAUUCGUUCGUCCAGCACCAGCCAGGUGAACAAGCUGACCAUGGCCUCUAAAGACUCGACCAUCCUGGCUGAGGGCGGCAGCAGCUCCGACCUCUCAGAGGAGUCGACGGGACCCAGGCGGGUGGAGGACAAUGAGCGGGACAUGGUCCAAUACAGCUACUCCUUCUUCCACUUCAUGCUCUUCCUGGCCUCACUCUACAUCAUGAUGACCCUCACCAACUGGUACAGCCCUGAUGCAGACUACACCAUAACCAGCAAGUGGCCAGCAGUGUGGGUGAAGAUCACCUCUAGCUGGGUGUGUUUGGCCCUGUACGUCUGGACCCUGGUGGCCCCCAUGAUCCUCACCAACCGAGACUUCAGCUGAUCAGCAGCUCCAUCUCUGGCUCCACUCUGUCCUCCACAAACCUCAUCUUUUUUACAGAAACUUUGACCACAUUGCCUACAUCUUACUUUCUAAAUGGACUGGAUUUUAUACUUCUAACUGGAGUUUAGUUUCAUUAUUUAAUUAAGUUAAACAUGUGGUCUGGUUCAGAGGUGCCAUAACAGCUGCUUUUAGGUAUUUACUGUAAUGAUUUCAUAUCAGCAGCAGCUCAUUAAUUGGACAUCCAAGUACAAUCACACAUUUUCUACAGACACACAAAAACUCUAUCAAGAGAAACAUUCAGUUUGUUUGUGUAAAUGUAUAUGAAUUGUGUAUCCAGGUCCAAAAUAAAACCAGUGUCACAUUUUGAUAUUGCAUGCUCUUAACAAUCGAUUAACAAAAAACAAUUGAAUUAAUUUCUGCUGUAACAGCAACAAAUAUUUGUCAGAUUUGAUCAAAUACCAAUAUUUUCUACACUGCUUAAAAAUAUGAAUGUAUUACAGUAUUAAUAAUGAGGGUUGGUUUGUAAACUGCUCACAGUAGUGAAACUCAUAUAGUUUGCUGCUAUGCCUUCCAAUGCCUUACGGUAUAUGUCUGUAAAAUGUUUCAGAUAUGUAAGCACAUAGUAGUAUCAGCAUAGUAGUAGUAGUAGUAGUAGUAGUAGUAGUAGUAGUAGUAGUAGUAGUAGUAGUAGUAGUAGUAGUAGUAGUAGUAGUAAACUAUUGCUGAUAAACAUGACACAUUCCUGCAAUAUGACUCGAAGUCAAGUUAAGUUUCUGCCAAAUAUUUAUGGACCAAGAUAUUUUUAAUGUAAAUGUGUCUUUGAGAUGUGAUCGCUUCAGGUUUUAGAACAAAUCCAUAGUGACAUAACUGCACUGAACACACAGAUACAAUCAAAAGAUGUGUGUUUAAAGCUGAUAUUGGUGAUGGUUAUUAUUUUCUAUGCAUCCAAAUAGUUUGGAAUAGCUUUAAUGUUUAUUAUGACUCUGAAUCAAACCAGAUCGAUAUACAAACACUAACCAAAUGCCUUGUAAGCCAAAGUGAUUUACUGUAGUUAGUGUGUGAUAAGCAGGCUGUGAGUUCUGAGCUUCUGCACUCAACAGAUUUUCAAUGUGCAAAUCUCUUAAUAAAUAAACUAGUCCAUCUUGCGUCAUGUCCAACAGUUAAUUGUAAUCAUAGUCUCAUGUUAAAAUGAUCGUCAUCAAAGGAUCCUUUCAAACAAUAACUAAUUCUCAUCAUAAACAACGGUGAUAAAAUAUUUUAAACGCUGAUUUUGUAAUUAUAUUUAAUCAAUUUACAAAAUAUAAACUCUACAAUGACCAAAAAAAUAAAUGCAUUGUCCAGUAAUAAGCCUUUAAACACCAGAAUAUUAGCAGUCUGUCUGUGUUCUGAAAACUUGAUAACUGAGAAGUCGGUUUUACACUUCUGAGUUGCCAGUAAAUGUUAGAAUUCAGCAAAAUGCUGUCUGUACAUUGAAACUCUGUUGUGACUUACAUCAAUUGUGUAAACACUGUAAAAGAAUAAAAGCAGUUUUACAACUGA